AUGUCAGACUCUAUAGCACUAGCUAGCUCACAAACUGACAGCUUACUUUCCUCGCAUAUUUUGGAGCCGACUCCGGGAUCCCCCAGCCAUUUCUCAACUUUUAGAGAGGCACCUAACAUAUUUCUACCUGAUCCAGGCAGUGAUGAUGACUUUGAAGAGUCCACAAAAAGACGACGAUGUGCAGACGAUGGGAGGUAUAGCUCAUGCCCAAGCCCAAGUGGUUCGCUGUGCUACUCUCCAUUGCCGUGUCAGGAGCCAGAACAACCAGGUGGAAGGGGUGGAAGCGCUCAAUAUUUUCGGGGUCAAGCUGAAUUAAUAGAAAAGCAAAACAUAGACUUUAAUACCGUGCCCAUGGCCAAUCUCAACGUUCUGGAUGAAGGCGACGAGGAAGCAUGUUUCGGAAUGAUUAAAGGGACAAUAGGCUCAACAGAUCGCGCCCUGGAUUUCAUGCAGAAACUUCAUGCGGAAAGGUCGGGAGAAGAUCAAUGCCAUCCACUAAACCUGGAAUUGGUCAUUCGCCAGAAGGAAAUACAAGUCGUAAUCGAUAUCCAUGCGACGGCACCAUUAGUCGGAUAUCUUCCGCAUUCAUUAUCUAGGUUACAGAACGACAAGAACCAGGAAGAUAACUCGAUAAUGGACACAAAAGACGAGGUAUCCGUUCAUCUUGCAAGUUUAUCCCACAUUUUUGAUGAUCUCUGUGGGUCAAAGACCCAAGGCGAGCUUCCUGGUGAUAUGAGAUACUUAAAGACUCCCUUACUCAAACAUCAGGAACAAGGUUUAUACUUUCUUGCCAUGAGAGAACAAGUUAAACAAAACUCGUCCCAUCAUGGAACCUAUUCAGGAGGAAUUCUUGCUGAUUAUAUGGGAUUGGGGAAGACCUUAACAAUAUUAUCGCUCAUAGUCAGCUAUCUUGAUGAGGCCCGGGUACUGAAUACUAGAAAUGGUUUACUAUCAGUCCAUGAAGAAAAGAUUCGUUCUGGUGCUACUUUAAUAGUUGCGCCUGUCUCGGUAUUAGGGAACUGGGAAGAACAAAUAGCAGUCCACAUUCAACCCAAAGCCCUAAGAUACUUCGUUUAUUACGGUAAAAAUAAACCGACAGAUCCCCAAUUACUGAGUCAAUAUGACAUUGUGUUCACCAGCUUCCAAACCCUUACCCAAGAAUGGUCGAAGCCUGCACAGAAUUCCUCUUCCUGUGGUCCUUUGUAUACAAUCAACUGGUUUAGGGUAAUCUUGGAUGAAGCGCAUGAGAUCCGUACACCAAGUACAAUUAAAUGCCAGGCAGCGUGUGCCAUCAGCGCUGAUCGAAGAUGGUGUAUUACUGGAACACCGUUGCAAAAUGAUAUCACCGACAUCGCCACGCUAUUCAAAUUUCUCAGACUCGGGCCUUUAAAUACCAAACAGGACUUUGAUCGCUAUAUUACCGCUAAGUUGAAGGCUGGAGAUGCUUCGGGGAUGAAAACCUUACGUGGUGUAUUACGACAGAUGUGUCUCCGAAGAGCAAAGGACACCAUAAGCGAUAGAUUACCUGCACGAAACGAAAACAUAAAAUACCUCAAGUUCAAUGACCGCGAAAGAAUACUUUACGACAGCCACAAACAAAAACUAAGCACUACUGCCAACGAUGCUUGUGAUAGUACAUUCCAAGUGAUCCUUAGACUGAGAUUGAUUUGUGAUCACGGCAAAGACCUUCUACCUCAGGGAGACCUCGAAAUUCGUUGUUCAACUUGCCAUAUGCAGUUGAGGGAUUGGGAAAUGGAUGCUGGGCGGGUUUCUUGCGUUCAUAGCGUUAUAUGUCAAAGAUGUAUAAAUGCCCGAGCUAUCCCGGAGGAUGUAGAUACAUUUGGUCCUGGUUGUCCAAGCACUUAUCGAUUCAAUAAAAACCUGCACAAAUGGGACAUGAUCAAAUGCGAACCGGUUUCAAAACACGUUGUCUUCUCAAGCUGGACAAGAAUGCUGGAUUUGGUUGGAUUUGCCCUCGCAUCCAAUAAUAUCAUGUUCUGCCGCCUUGAUGGCUCAAUGCCACGUUCGAAAAGAAACAACACACUCUCUGAAUUUUCUACAAACCCUCAAGUGAUAGUAAUUCUAGUAUCUCUCAUGGCUGGAGGUGUAGGUAUAAACCUCACCUGUGCCUCCAGAGUCCAUGUUUUAGAACCACAUUGGAACCCGAUGAUCGAGCAGCAGGCGGUAGAACGUGUUCAUAGGCUUGGACAACGCCGAGAUGUUACGAUUACACGGUACAUCAUGAAAGACUCAUUUGAGAUCGAUAUGAUGCGUUAUCAAGACAGGAAGAUAUUACUUGCCAGACAGUCUCUAGACUCACAUAUAGACCCUGAUGCUAUGGAGAUUUGUACAGCCGAGGGAGGCUCAUGA